CCAACGACCCUACCUUGCUUCCUGUCAGACGUUACACCGGACAUAUUCUCAUUUGCCAAAACAGAUGCGAAGGAUAUUAGAAAAUUAGCCAAAUUCUACACCAACGGCAGCUAUGGAGCGUCUUUCGAGGUUAUUUUCAGGUGCCAGAGGGUCUCUGAGACCUCGCGACGUCCUGUGUUUAUGUGUUCUGCUAUGUCUACAAGGUGUGACAUGUUUCAACGUCGACACUGGAGAUUCUACGUCCCGAAUUCUUACAUCGGACACGGGCAGUCUUUUCGGGUUCUCCCUGGACUUUCACACCGACGGUGGAAACACCUGGUUGUUAUCGGGCGCGCCACGUGCCAACACUAGCCAACCGGGGGUGGUGCGGGGAGGGGCCGUGCUCCGCUGUGAGGUGGACCCGGCCCAGCCCGACUCCUGUACCGAGAUCUCCUUCGACUCAACAGGCCCGCAGACGGUCGACGGUUUCCAGGACCAAAAGUCGGACCAGUGGUUCGGCUUUUCCGUCAAGAGCGCCUCUCCUGCCAAGGAUGUGGUCGCUGCCUGUGCACCCCUAUACGUGUUCUACUCCCAAACCAACCACACACGUGACCCUGUUGGCAACUGUUUCCUGGCAACCAACGGGAUGACAACGUUCAACAACUACUCUCCCUGCAGAGCCCUAGAUGCUCGUGCACUCAAUGACAGGACGCAUCAUGGACAGUGUGAGAGUGGCUUCAGUCUAGACUUCAGCAAGGACUCAGAAGAAGUGUUGGUGGGUGCAGUGGGGGACCAGUACUGGACUGGUACAUUGUACACCCUGGACCUCGAAAAAACUAGUGACCCCUAUAAUAAUCACAUGUACUCAGCACUACCACGCACCAAUGAAGAUGACUUUCAUCUUGCCUACUCAGUAGCAUCUGGUGAAUUCACAGGAGAUGGAAACCCAGACUAUGUGGUUGGUGUGCCAAGAGCAGGGGGAGAUCCAACAACAGAAAAUCCUAACUUUGUGUCGGGGCAGGUGAGAAUUUUGUCCAAGGGACCAGGAAGACGUUUAGAAACCCUGACAACUGAUCCAGCUGCUCUGGAAAGUAACCAGUUUGGGUCAAACUUUGGAUACUCUGUGAUUGUACAAGAUGUAAACAAUGACGGACUUGAUGACAUCAUGACAGGAGCACCCAUGUACAGUAGUGAGGGCUUCCAGCAUGUUGACUUGGGUGCAGUUUACAUCUAUCUACUCACACAAGCAGCUCAGACACCAACUUUCAGUGCACCUACCGUACUUAUGGGGAAGUCUGCAAAAGGACGCUUUGGAACAGCCCUCGCUGCCCUGGGUGACAUCAACCAAGAUGGAUUCAAUGACAUCGCUGUAGGAGCCCCGUAUGAAGGGUUGGAUGCUGGCAGUAACUGGGGAGUCGUUUACAUCUAUCAUGGGUCAGCCAACGGCAUCAGGGCUGAGAAACCUGCACAAGUUCUGAGGGCCUCAGACUUUUCAACUGACUUGAAGGCCUUUGGCUUUUCUCUGGCUGGAGGCGUGGACGUUGAUGGUAACCAGUAUCCAGACAUGGCUAUUGGUUCAUACCUAACAGACAGAGCUGUUGUUCUGAGGUCCAGACCAAUUGUAAACAUGGCUCCGAACCGCCAGGUCCUAACAGUGACGCCUGAACUGAUCAACUUGGAGAGUAAGGCUUGCACUAAGGACGGGGUCAACGUUACAUGUUUUGAUGUGUUAGUGUGCUUCACCUAUGAUGGAGUCAAUGUGCCAGACCAAAUAAAUGUGGAUGUAGAGAUAGCCCUGGAUGUUCAGCAGACCGUGAAGCGUGCCGUGUUCCAGAGCAACAACAUGGCCGUUGAGCGUUUCUCUGGUUACAUGGUCGACAAAGGCUCCUCCUGCUCUCUCAUUCAGGAGAAAGGUCUGAUACAGAAUGACAUCCAGGACAAGCUGAACCCCAUUGUAGUGCGAGUGAAGUACAGCCUGACUGCACCCACAAGUGCACAGGUGGGCCAGCUCACUCCGGUGCUGAACAACAACAAACCCAGCUUGGAAACACAACAGGUCAGCAUCCUUAAGGAUUGCGGUCCCGACGACAAGUGUGUUCCAGACUUGAAGAUUGUAUCAGUAUCAGCCACGCCCGAGUCUGGUGUGUAUGUGGGGGACCUGGACACAGAGCUGGUAGUGACUGCAGAGGUGGAGAAUGUGGGGGAAGGUGCGUACGUGUCAACACUGUCGCUGUCACCUCCCUCUGGAGUGGACUACAUCGGUGGGGACAUCACACUGGCGACUCACACAGGAAGCAGUAACUGUGACCUUCUGGAGGUCGAUGGCAGCAAGGUCGUGCAGUGUCCUCUGGGAAAUCCAUUUCAAGGUCGUGCGACAGCCAUGCUGCGUUUUUCCACCCUGUCACUUGUAGGGGCAGACGACAGUCUCACCUUCCUGUUCUAUGCUAACAGCACGAAUGAUGAGGAUGUUGCGACACUGGCAGACAACACCAAGGAGCUGGCCGUACCAGUCAAAGUCAAGGCUGGGGUCUCCCUACUGGGAGCAUCCAUCCCUGAACAGGUGGUGUUCACCAAGAGAACAGACAGGCCCAACCCCAUCACCAAACAGGUUGAUGUCGGGCCGGAGGUCACACACAACUAUGAGAUCAGGAACAGUGGUCCCAGUGACAUUGGAAGUGCCAAACUGACCAUCAUGUGGCCCUCGAGACAGAAAGAUUCGGACAUCCUGGACAACGCCUACAUCCUGUACCUUCUGGACGCAAGUGUGACCCAGGGUCAGGGCCAAUGUGAGGUCAAGGGGUCAGGGGUCAACCCUGGGGGUCUGGAGGCUCCCUCCACUUCUGAGACGACCACCUCAGCCUCCAGACGCCGGAGACAAGCGGAGACAGAUGAAGGUGCAGAUGAUGGGAGCGUCACAGAUGCUGAGAAACAAACAGCACAGGCCACUACCCUGGACUGCUCGAAUACCGACUGUGUGGAGAUAGAGUGCACGAUCGGUGGACUGAGUCUGGGCAGUGCUGUGGUGCAGGUCAGGGCUCGACUGUGGGAGAAAACACUACUGGAUGCAGGGUACCAGGAGACGAGAAUAGAGACCACAGCAAACCUGGAGGUGGUGCAGCUGCUCCCAGCAUCCCUCGCAGCUGACUCACUUCCCUCUGCUACACACAAGGUGACCACCACAGCCAACCCGGAGACGGUCAGCGUGACGUCCAGCUCUAUCCCCAUCUGGAUCAUCGCAGCGGCCGCAGCGGGAGGGCUGCUGCUCCUCAUCCUCAUCAUCCUCAUCAUGUUCAAGUGUGGUUUCUUUAAGAGGAAGAUGCCAACUGAGUAUCAAGCAGUCAAGCAAGAGACAGCUGCCAAGAGACACAGCAAAGACUUUGAAGAUGCUUAAGUUUAUACAGAUGCGACGUAAUGCCGCACUUUAUGGAUGAUGCCAAAUAUUCUGCAGAAAUACAAAAAAUGUUUUGCUUUUUUUGCUAUAGAACUCUAGCUCUGAAUGUUUUACAAU